CACCCUCACACUCACACACACACACACUCACACACACACUCUCACACUUCCGCGUUGUGUGUCGCCGUAAAGCAGGAAGCAGUGUAGUAACGUGUGGGAGUCCACGGUCCUGCUGCUGUUUACCUCCAGGAGCCGAGGGUUCGAUGCCGGGAGAAGCUACAUGGAGGCUAACUGACCGAGUGAGUCCGGAGCAGAGACGCCGCAGCGCCGCAUAGCAGCAGGAUGCCAGCCGGAGUGUGUGGCUGCUGUGGGCCCCUGAGGCCGAGGUACAAGCGUCUGGUGGACAACAUCUUCCCUGAGGACCCCAAAGAUGGCCUCAGUAAAUCCGACAUGGAGAAGCUGACCUUCUACGCCGUGUCGGCUCCAGAGAAACUGGAUCGGAUUGGAUCUUACCUGGCGGAGAGGCUGAGCAGAGACGUCGUGCGACACAGAUACGGGUACGUGGUCAUUGCCAUGGAGGCUCUGGACCAGCUGCUGAUGGCCUGUCACUCUCAGAGCAUCAAGCCCUUCGUGGAGAGUUUCCUGCACAUGGUCGCCAAACUGCUGGAGUCCAGAGAACCGGACCUGCAGGUCCUGGGAACCAACUCGUUUGUGAAGUUUGCCAACAUUGAGGAGGACACGCCCUCCUACCAUCGUCGCUACGACUUCUUCGUGUCUCAGUUCAGUGCCAUGUGCCACUCGACGCACGAUGAUCCUGAGACCAGAAGCAGGAUCCGUGUGGCGGGGAUCAAAGGUCUGCAGGGCGUGGUGAGGAAGACGGUGAACGACGAGCUGCAGGCCAUCAUCUGGGAGCCGCAGCACAUGGACAAACUGAUCCCGUCCAUGCUGUUCAACAUGCAGGACAGUGACGACCUGGACAGGGCGGGGCAGCCCGGCACACCAUCGGGGGCGGGUCAGGAUGGCGAGGAGAACCCGGCGUCGCUGGCUGAGAGCUGCUUCAGAGAGCUGCUGGGCAGGGCGGCCUAUGGCAACAUGAACAACGCUGUCCGGCCCGUCUUAGUUCACCUGGAUAACCACAACCUGUGGGACCCCAACGAGUUUGCAGUUUCCUGCUUCAGAAUCAUCAUGUACUCCAUCCAGGCGCAGCACUCCCACCACGUCAUCCAUCAGGUGCUGAACCACCUGGACGCUCACAAAAAGACGACGCCACGGGUCAGAGCCGGCAUCGUGCAGGUCCUGCUGGAGACGGUGGCCAUCGCUGCCAAAGGCUCCGUGGGUCCCACGGUGCUGGAGGUGUUCAACACUCUGCUCAAACACCUGCGGAUGAGCGUGGACUUCGAGCUGGGCGAGAGCUCGAGGAGGAACUCCAGCAUCAGCGUCUCGUCCGGCCGCGGCAAAGAGAGCGAGGAGCGAAUCGUCCAGAACGCCAUCAUCCAGACCAUCGGCUUCUUCGGUGGGAACCUUCCAGAUUACCAGCGAGCUGAGGUCAUGAUGUUCAUCAUGGGCAAAGUGCCGGUGUACGGAACCCCCUGCCACACCCUGGACACCGUCAAGAUUGGGCACCAGGGCACCAAGAGGAUCCAGGCCAUGCUGCUCAGCUCCCUCAUCAUGGUGACCUCGGGCUUCAAGUCCAAGUCCAUGGCGGCUGCUUUGCCUCCCCCCUUCCUCGAGCCGCUCUUCUCCAUCUCCCUGAUGGAGGACAGCGAGCUGAGGCAGCUGGUGCUCGAGAUCCUGCACAACAUCAUCGAUCGCCAUGACAACCGGGCCAAGCUACGCGGCAUCAGAAUCAUUCCUAAUGUUGCAGCCUUGAAGAUUAAAAGAGAAAAGAUUUCCAAGCAGGACGUGGCCUUCAUGAAGAAGCACGGCCAGCAGCUCUACCGUCACAUCUACCUGGGCUGCAAGGAAGAGGACAACGUGCAGAAAAACUUUGAGCUGCUCUUCACCACCCUGGCCAUUCUGACCAUUGAGCUGGCCAACGAGGAGGUGGUCAUCGACCUCAUCCGCCUCGCCAUCGCUCUGCAGGACAUGGUUCUGGCCAACGAGGAGAACAUGCCAAUGUUCAUUCGCUGCGGCGUCAUGGCGCUGGUGGCGGCGUAUCUCAACUUCCUGAGCCAGAUGAUCGCCAACCCGCCGUUCUGUCAGCACGUCAGCAAGGUCGUCGAGUUGAGGAACAUGGACGCUCCGUACCUGCUCCCAGAGCAUAUCUUCAGAGACAAGUGUCUACUCCCUGAAUCUCUGGACAAGGACGACAGACUCUUGUACUUCCAGGUGUCGGACAUGGCCGAGUGUCUGGCAGGACCAGGGUACAACGCAGAGCGACUGUCCAUCCCCUACGUUCCCCAGGUCACAGUUCUCUACACAGUAGGAAAAAUCCUCAACAGGUGCAAGCAGACGUCCAGAGACCGUCUCUCCAGGAGGAAGAGUUUGGUGGACACAGUCUCCCUCCAAGUGGACAUCAUGUCCAACAGCCUUCCAGACAAGUCUCAGCUGGCUGAGGAGAUCACGUUCGAGACUCUGAAGAAGGCCAUCGAUACCACCGCUGUGGAGGAGCAGGAGCGGGAGAAGAGACGUCAGGUGAUAGAGAAGUUCCAGAAAGCUCCGUUUGAGGAGAUCGCCGCUCACUGCGAGUCCAAGGCGAACUUGUUGCACGACCGGCUGGCUCAGAUCUUCGAACUCACAAUUCGACCUCCUCCCAGCCCGUCCGGAGUGGUUUCCAUCUCAGCGGGACACACCCAGCACCAGUCCGUCCCCGUGUACGAGAUGAAGUUUCCAGACCUGUGUGUGUACUGAACAUCAGCGACACACACACACACGCGCGGCUCCACACGACGCACAAUGCAAAAUUAUAAAAUGCUGAAAAAGCAACGACCACAAUCUGUCCUCCAGCUUCCUGUUCAGACCAGCAGGUGUCAGGAAAACCAACUGCAGCAAAACGACCAUUUGGACUUUGAGGUAAAGAAACGUAAAACUCUUCUUCCUCCAAACCGGAACGUUCUGGUGAAGCCACCGAGCUCCCGAGCGCGACCCGCCGGCGCCACGCGCUUUGCUGCACUUUGUUUCCUGAAACUAAAAAAACGACUUAAUUCAACCAGAACAACAGCAGCUUUGAGUUUCCAGUGACGCUGAUGUGUCUGAGUCAUUCACCUUCUCACCUUGUACAUAUGCUCCAGCCUCACAUUCAGCUCUGUACGAACAGUCUCAGCAAGUGAAGCUGGUUUUCGCUGUGAAGCUUCUACUUCUUAACAACAUCUGCUCUCGUGUCCGUCGGUAGACGUCGGUCACUAAUGGGUAGAAAUGCAGAAUGUGUGCUUCGUCCUUCACAGUGAAAUAUCUUGGUUUUAGUUGCGCUGCUGGUUACGACCUGCUCGGUCUCACGCGUCGUCUUCGCUCAGUCUUUGCUUUUUAAACGUAAAUAAGCAGAAGUGACUUCAACAAGCAGCUCAGUGUCACGUGUGGACAUGAGGCGAUCGCUCCACUUUGAUUUCACACUCAGCAAAGAGACUCACGAACAAAAAGCCAGCGACAGUCGUCCACGUCCGAUGAUCCACGGAGCUCGUGGCGACCGACGUGAUUCUUGGAACGGUGCAAAUGUUCGGCUCUGAUUUCUUAUUCCUGUGAAGUAGCUCGUGUGAAAGAUUUUAAAUUUUAGUUUUCGUCAGCGAGUAUCUUCAACUGUCAGAGGUUCUGGUGAAACGGUUCUCGAAUGUUGAAUUAGAAUCUUCUCUUAUUUCCCAGAUUUUCUAAAAAUAGACCCGUGGGAGGGAACAAGAUUUAAAUAACAAACUGCUUCAGCAUCUCCCAGCUCCCAUUUGUAUUUACUUAAUUUCAUGAAGCAUCUUCAGCCUAGUGUUGCUGCGUAUUAGCACUUUGUGAUAUCGAACAACAUGAGGCAGGAAACUGUUCGGCUCCUGAAUUAACUGUACAAACUCUCGUCCUUCAGACUUUGUCCGUUCUUUUACAUCCACGAUUCAACCAGCGACUUUAACUCCUCUUUUCUCUUCAGGCAGUUUUUAAAAAGCCCAAACUCAAAGAUUUAUCUUAGUUUCAUUCCAAAAUAAAAGCAGCAGCUUGAGCCUGGUACAAUAUACUGUGUAUAUAUAUAACUCUGAUACGAAGCAGUGACAUUUUGUAGGAUUUAAUCAUCGGUGCUGUUCCAACAUCUACCACACGGCCGUGCUUUCCUCCUGAAGGAGACGUUGUUGGAGUGAGACCCUUCGUAUCUGGAGCUGCGGCUGUGAUGUGUCACAGAUGAUUAUCAGUGUUUCCUCUGAUCUGAGCUCAGUGUUAGAGGCAGAAACCUGCUGCCUGAGCUCGGCCCGAGCAGCACUGACUGGGAUCUAUCGCAGGUUGAAGGUCGGUCAGAGCUUCCUUUGGUUCGGAGACGACUCGUUCGUCCUCCACACGAAGACGUGAACAGUUGUUUGGAUCCUGGUCGAGUCGAACCUUUGAAAAGAACGAGCUGGGGAAAGACGGAGAGAAGUGAGACGGACAAACGAGUGAAAGAAAAGAUGAAGAGACGGGAUGGAGCUUUUCUCUGUGGCCGUGAACGUUUCAGGUGGUUUCGUAUGUUUUAUAGUUGUUGAGCGCAGGUUGUGUUAGAAGUCAGACGUGGACUUUGAGCAUUAAACAGAUGAUCUGGUCUGGUGUUGAUGUCCGAGCCGCUCUUCUGGAUCAGUAAGAUCAAUCGCACCUGCUUGGAUCCAUCAAUCAUAUCACGUGAUCUGUGUUCAACCAGCAGGUUCGUAAAGUUUCACAUCAACAUCAAGAGCCACACGAGGAGAUGUGUCGGAUUAGGUUCCACAGGUUUCUCAGAGAAUCGCUUGUGGACCUCGAUGAAACCGAUCAGACAUAUUCACAGGACAUUCACGAGUGUGUGAUUCGACGCAGCUGAAUGGAACAGAGGCGAGUGUUGGGACUUGUCAGAGGAACGAGAUCUGCUCAGUGACGUUCUAGUGUUUGUAGAUUAUCUCAACAGCUCAGCCGAUCGACCUUCACAUCCUGAGAUCUUUAAAUGUCAGCAGUCGCUGCUCAGAUUCUGAAUCCUGACGCAGGUUCCAGGUUGAAACCCGGUGAAGAGUCUCUGUGUUCUUCAGCCGGAGACGUGAUGUUUAUUCUGGAGAUUCUGUGGUUUGAGCGAAACAUCUGCUGACUUGUAGAGUUUCUGUAACUUUAUGAAGCGAGUGGCCGAACAAAAGUUUUCCUCUAACGCAUAAAAAUAUCCUUCACUGCUGCUUCUGGGUCCAAGCAGCGUAAAGCCUCAGUUAACGUCUCAGAAUCAAAGCUGCACUUGAAACUGAUUUGAAUCUUAACAUCAGGUCGUCGACCCCUGAUGGGGAGCUGGGAUUAUAUUUUUUUAAAAGAUUCAUCGAAGAACAAAGUUAUUUCAUCGACUGGAUCCAAAAAUCUGAUUUUUCUUCAAAAUAAUUGAUGAAAUUGAGCCAGAACAGAGAAAAACAUAAUUUUUUAUUAGAGUGAAUUUGUUUGAGGAAGAAUUAUAUUCCACAGUUGAACAGUGGAUGAGUGGUUUGAUUGGACGAGGCAGGAACACGUGAUCACUUCUUAUGAACGGGUCAUCAAAGCUGUUUAUCAUAUAUUUUUCUACAUUUUAUGCAUCACGUGUUGUUAAAUUGUGGCCGGGUAGAGAUUUAGAUAUCGGGAGAUUGAUUUUAAAAACAGAUGCUGACUUCUCGUUCAUUUAGUUUCUGGUUGUUUAUCAUGAGAUCGACGGUUCAGGGUUUCAAUGGGUUUGUGCCGAGCAUCAAUGUGGGACAAAUAUAACUUGAUUUUUUUAUUGUAGAAUGCAUUUGAUUAAAGUAUGAUUAAAAUAAAGUAUGGAUUAUAUGUCAGAUGAUGUCAGUUAUUUUUGCAGAAUAAAAUAUAAUUUUGUUUCCCAUGAGAAGUUGCAGCUGUGGUUCAGACAGAAACGCUUCAUCAGCGUUAAUACAAACGUAUCCUGCUCCCACGUUUCAGUUUAAAACACCAGCAUCCGCUCGACCUUCAGUUCCACUGGUCAUCUCUGAUCAGCUGAUCUGAGGCCAGAUUUCAGUUUACAUCACAUGUUCAGUGUUUCCUUCCAUGAAUCCGGUGAAUGUCGGUGCAUCAGCCAAUAACUGAUUCACUUAAUGGUGGGAGUUUGAAAACAGUAUUUCCAAACAUCAUCACUUUUACUGAGAAGCAGUUUCAGGAAGUUGCUUAAAAACUUGAUUGUAACACAAAGAAUAAUCAUAAAUACAACAUGUUUUUCAUGCAACAAGUGAAGAAAUCAAUAGUUAAACUGCGGGACAGUGAAAAGUUUUGAAGUUGAGAAGAAACAAAAGUAAAGUCUGAGAUCGUUAAAGUGAGUUUGCGAUGGAUCUGAAUCCUGAGCUGCAACUUCUUCUGAAGCUCCGUGACCCACGAGAGGAAAGACUUGAGAUGCAGAAAUCUAUGAAGAUUAUAUUUAAUAGCUUUUGUAUGUGUUACCGUUAAAUCCAAUGAACAGUUGCUUCCCUUAUACACAAUAGGACAUGACUCGUGUUUGCACUUUGAUCACCGUGUACCUGCUGCUACAGCAGAACUGCUUCAGCACGGAUUUGUGUUUGGUGCAAAUGGACAAUUCAAGAUAUUUGAUUCCUAAUGUUCCUGUUGUGAAAUGUUGUUUUCAAGAAGAAUCGUGUGCAGCUGUGAAAAAAACAAUCUCUUGACCAAUAAGCGAGUCUGUGUCGCUUCGUGAAGAUGAAGAUGAAGAAGAAGAGAACGAACCGCUGCCGGACGCUGAGUGCUGGAACCUGAACAUGAUGAACUCUGAGUUCUGCAUGAAACUGACAUGAACUCAACGAACGGAUGUUUUUCUUGUUGAUGCAACAGUUUGUAUUUUUGUGCCAGUUUUAAAGGUAAAGUUGUCUCGUCUGUGUUCGGCCUCCACAGCGACCACCUGCUCAACGCUCGGCUUUCACCACUAGGUGGCGCUGAGGCUCGGCUGCAGCUGCAGGUUCAAGACAACCUUCAACUUUGAAAGCAGAAAUUUCAAUUGUUCAAAUCAUUGAUAUUAUUUCAUCUAGAAGGUGUUGAAUGAUUAAUAAAGUAAAUAUAUUCAGCCGCUGACACAGUUUUACUUGUUUUCUUUAAUGAAGCAACGAAAUCUUAAUUCCAAUAUUUUUAAAUCGAGAUUCCAAAUGAUUCAUACGAACAAAAAUAAUUUGAAGUGAAUCAAAUAAAUAAACAGCAAAUUAUUUCUACAGAAAAGUGUUUUGAAAAUUUCCCUGUUAAUUAAUUCAAAGAUGAUUAUUAAAGAAUCAAGUUAGAGAAAAUUAAAGAAUAAAAAGUUUGUUGAAUCCGACUUGAACCUCGACGGCAGCGGAGCCUCAGCAACUUUAUCACUGUUCAACAGAAUAAAGUCAAAUGUUUCUAUCGAA